AUGCAGGCUUCUGAAACCCCGGCAUACAUCCUCUCGGCCCUCACCUCGGUGGGCGGCAUCACCGGCUACGUGCGCACGGGCAGCGUGCCCAGCAUCGCCGCGGGCCUGACGGUUGGAAUCCUGUACGGCCUCGGCGGCUUCCGCAUCUCCCGACGACAGCCCUACGGCGUCGAGCUCGCGCUGCUGGCCUCGCUGCUGCUCGCCGGCAGCAGCAUCCCGCGCGCCAUCAAGACCGGCAAGCCCCUCCCCGCGGGCCUCGGCGUGUUGGCGGCCACGGGGCUGUUCAUCUACGGUCGGGCGUUUUUGGCGAAGUGA